UGAAGAUCGUGUUUAAUACCCUGCAGAAAGUCUUAAACCUGGUUAUCUUUCACAAUUUAGUGUGUGUAAACAGCGAAACACGGGUUGUGUAGAUAAGAUAUGUAUUACACUGUGAUUAAACUUUGGUUUCAUUUUAAUUCCUAUAUAUUCAAGCCAUGAGUAGUUUCAAUGUUUUCGGUACGUAUAUACAGUUAGGUGUUCCGUUAGUGUGUUUAUUCAUUAUCGUACGAUGGGUGUUAAGGUCGCUGUAUCUUAGUCACAAUGACAAACGCUUCGUGUUAAUUACCGGAUGUGACACUGGCUUCGGAAAUCUACUGGCAAAACGUUUGGAUCGCAACGGCGUGAACGUCAUCGCAGGAUGUUUGACGUCAGAUGGUGCAGCAGCGUUACGUAAUGCGUGUUCACAGACGUUAAAGACGGUAGAGUUAGACGUAUCGAAAGAAACAAGCAUCAGACAGGCCAAGGAACGUGUCCUUAAACUUCUACCAGCUGGAAAAGGGCUGUGGGCGCUGGUCAACAACGCUGGCAUUUCGGGAACAGUCGGUCCUAUAGAAUGGCAAACCCAGGCGGACUACCGGUCGGUGAUUGAAAUAAAUCUUUUCGGUGUUAUAUUCGUGACGAAUGCUUUUCUGCCAUUGGUAAGACACGAACGAGGGCGUGUGGUCAACAUGGCGAGCAUCAUGGGACGGUUUGCUAUGGCAUGUGGGCCGUAUUCUGCGGCAAAAUAUGGAGUGGAGGGGUUCUCGGACCAGUUACGACGGGAGUUGUAUAAGACGGGUGUGACGGUACAUAUCAUCGAGCCAGGCUACUUUCAGACGGGAAUCGUCAGUGAGGAGAGAAUGAGAAAAGACAUUGAGACAAGAUUUCAGAAGUGUGAUAAGGAGCUCCAAGAGUACUAUGGUGAAACAUUCAAACUUGAAACUCAACAGAAAUUCUGCUCACUUUUGUCGCUGAUCAUGUCGCCAAAGAUUCACAAAGUAGUAGACGCUUAUGCUCAUGCCGUCCUGUCUAUGUUUCCUAAAAACAGAUAUGUCGUUGGGUUUGAUGCCAACAUUCUUUUCCGCAUCUUGUGGAAUCUCCCGGAAUGGCUGUCUGACUUUAUUGUCACAAGACCAAUGGCAACACCCGCUGGAGCCAAGAAAUAACUAAGUAGCUUAAUAAAUUACAUUUUAAAUCUAUCUUUUCCUUGAAUGCAUUCGUCAUUGAACCAAACUGUAUUCAAAAUAGAAUUAAAAGUUUUCCUUAUGUGCCCUACAUUAAUGCGGAUAGUGUUCUGUACAAAUUAUCACAGCUAUUACAGUUUUUGCCAGAGUAUAGAAUAUAAGGGGACACGUUGACAAAGGAUAAUACUCCAGUAAGUGACUAUCAAACACAGUUCAAAAUGGUAUAUACAAUGUUUAUGUCCCUCAGUCAAUACUGGGGGACAUUGUUUGUGCCCCGUCUGUUGGUUGGUUUGCGUCAAACGUCAACAUUGGCCAUAACGUUUGCAAUAUUGAAGAUAGCAACUUGAUAUUUAGCAUGCAUGUGUAUCUCAUAAAGUUGCACAAUUUGAGUGGUGAAAGGUCAAGGUCAAUGUCAUCAUUCAAGGUCAAAGGUCAAAUAUAUGAGUGGACCUGAUGUUUUUUACAUGAAAUUAUGCAGAUAUAUUUAACCGAUACCUGGACAUUGUAUUCAUGUGUUUAACCUUUCUGUAAUGAACAUGUCAUGUGUUUAAUGAUGCCUUAUUUUACACUAUAAAAAUCAUUACGUAACAUUAAAACGUAAUGUUAAAAAAACUGCUUGUGAGUAUAUAUGUGCAUGUUAUGUACUUGACUUUGUUUCUGAUUUUUAUAGACAUUUCCAUGAUUAUGUGUGUGGGGGGUUUUAUGUACAUAAAAUGACUUGGUUAAUAUUGACCUUUCCUUUCC